UUGUUUGCAGUGGAAACAAUUUCUCGCUGCUCUACGCACCCCGGCCCGACGCGCCGCGGCGGAGGCGAGCGGGAGGCGGGACGGGGCGGGGAGAGCGGCGGGGCCGGCGGGAGGACGCGCUGUGCGCCGGACGGACGCCGCAGGUCCCAUGCCGCGCCUCGACCCCCGUGCCCCUGCCGUCCGCGCCCGCGGCCGCCCCCCGCCGCCCGCUGCCCCGGACUUGCAGUGCCGCGCCCGCGCGUCCCUAGCCGGGCCACCGAGCGAUGCCCGCCGGGCGCCCGCGAAAGUUUGUCUGUUCCCACUAAAGGGCAGCGGCGCCCCCGCGCCCCCGUGCCCCGCUCCAGCCAGGAGCCUUCACGUAAAUGGGUCCAGUCAUGCCUCCCAGUAAGAAGCCAGAAAGCUCAGGAAUUAGUGUCUCCAGUGGGCUGAGUCAGUGUUACCGGGGCAGCGGCUUCUCCAAGGCCCUUCAGGAAGACGAUGACCUCGACUUUUCUCUGCCCGACAUCAGACUAGAAGAAGGGGCCAUGGAAGAUGAAGAGCUGACCAACCUGAACUGGCUGCACGAGAGCAAGAACUUGCUGAAGAGCUUCGGGGAGUCGGUCCUCAGGAGCGUCAGCCCGGUCCAGGAUCUGGACGAUGACACACCCCCGUCCCCCGCCCACUCCGACGUGCCCUACGAUGCCAGGCAGAACCCCAACUGCAAACCCCCCUACUCCUUUAGCUGCCUCAUAUUUAUGGCCAUCGAGGACUCUCCGACCAAGCGCCUGCCAGUAAAGGAUAUCUACAACUGGAUCUUGGAACAUUUCCCGUAUUUUGCAAACGCACCUACUGGGUGGAAAAACUCAGUGAGACACAAUUUGUCAUUGAAUAAGUGUUUUAAGAAAGUGGACAAAGAGAGGAGUCAGAGCAUUGGGAAAGGGUCGCUGUGGUGCAUAGACCCGGAGUACAGACAGAAUCUAAUCCAGGCUUUGAAAAAGACACCUUACCACCCACACCCGCACGUGUUCAACACACCUCCCGCCUCUCCUCAGGCCUAUCAAAGCACAUCAGGCCCCCCCCUCUGGCCGGGCAGCACCUUCUUCAAGAGAAAUGGAGCCCUUCUCCAAGAUCCUGACAUUGAUGCUGCCAGUGCCAUGAUGCUUUUGAAUUCUCCCCCUGAGAUACAAGCAGGUUUUCCCCCAGGAGUGAUACAAAACGGAGCGCGGGCUCUGAGCCGAGGGCUGUUCCCCGGAGUCCGGCCACUGCCCAUCACUCCCAUCGGGAUGGCGGCCGCCGUGAGGAACGGCCUCGCCAGCUGCAGGACGCGGACUGAGAGCGAGCCGUCGUGCGGCUCCCCGGUGGUCAGCGGGGACCCCAAGGAGGACCACAACUACAGCAGCGCCAAGUCCUCCAACGCCCGGAGCAGCUCGCCCGCCAGCGACUCGGUCUCCUCCUCCUCGGCCGACGACCACUACGAGUUCACGGCCAAGGGGAGCCAGGAGGGCAGCGAGGGCAGCGAGGGGGGCUUCCAGAGCCAGGAGAGCCACAGCGACACGGAGGAGGACGACCGGAAGCGCAGCCUGAAGGAGGCCAAGGAGGCCCUGGGGGACAGCGGCUACGUGUCCCAGCACAAGAAGCGCCAGCACUUCGCCAAGGCCAGGAGGGUCCCCAGCGACACGCUGCCCCUCAAAAAGAGACGCACGGAAAAGCCCCCCGAGAGCGACGACGAGGAGAUGAAGGAGGCAGCGGGGUCGCUGCUGCACUUGGCGGGGAUCCGGUCCUGUUUGAACAACAUCACCAAUCGGACAGCAAAGGGGCAGAAGGAGCAAAAGGAAACCACAAAAAAUUAAAAACAAGUCACUGAUUUGUUUUGAACUUAAGGCCAUUUGGUUUCAGCAUGUCAGGAGAUUUCUAAUGAUUUGUGGCAAUAUCAGCAAUUUCUUUUUUUUUUUUUUCCUUUGGUUUGUUUUUCUUUCUUUUCUUUCCUUUUUUUUUAAUUCGCCCCCCUCUUUUGUUUUGUACCCUUGAGAAUUUUAUUUUUAAAGGAGAUUGAAGCCAUAGAACUCAUAUUGACAUUCAGCUGUUUUACAAAAGCUUUUCAUUAUCUGAAGACAAAACCGAAAAAGCCAAAAUGACCAUUGCUUCCUCCAGCGUGUCAGAAACACGUGGCUGAACCGCAGGGAUGUCAGGAAAAUGCCGCAGAAUUACCCACACUUGGCACCUAGAAGGCCCCGCCCGCCCAGGAGCAGACCCGAGCUGGUGGCACCCUGCAGUGUGCUGUGCAGGGAAAGCCCUGGGCACGGCCGCUCGGCACUCAGGGGCGGGGGGGGUCGUCACGCCUCCUAACAUCUUACGAGGUAGACACUGGGCCGUUCAUGUCCACUGGGUGUCAGUGACUAAGGAAAAGAAAGGGGGUCAAUUUGUAGCGAUAUUCCUCAUCACCGAAUUCUGUUCUAUGUUAAAUUAGGAGAAUGUUCCACAAGCCAUAAGCCUGUAGGUUGGCCCUGCACAUGCACACACGCGUGCGAGAGAAAGAAAACGUGCAGCAAAUGGGCUGUGUUUUCUUAACUGCCCAAGUGAAAAUCAAGUCCAAAAAAUUACAAUAGCUGUUAAGCAAGGAAAUGAUGGUACAUAAUCUUUUUCUGUCUGUCAAAACUGAUCUAAGAGAAAGCAAACAAGCGAAGAGCUAUGGAACCUGCAAUUAGUAUUGUGGUAUAUUUUUAAAAGAUGAAAGGCACAUUGAUGGACAAAAAAAAAAAAAGGAAAACAUGGCAAACAAUAAAAAAACUCCUAUACUGCCCUCAAAAUGGAGUUUGCAAAUAAUGUCAGUCAGGAUUCAUUUUUGCAAAAAUCAGUGAUUUCCACAUUCAGCCAGUGUAGCCAGCAGAAAUUUCUGAUCCACAAUGCAUGGAUUCCUUCUAAAAGAAAAAAGAAAAAAAAUCACAAAAACACAAACUUUUUUUAUUCAAAAAUAAAGUUCUUGUAAGGUAAAUAAUGUAUUUAGCAUGAAGCAUGAAUUAUUUUCAUAUAAAUAUAGAAAAUAGAGAAAAGGCUAUGCCUCUAAUUUUUAAGCCCUUAGGCUUAGAGGUUCUUUGGGUUUUCUUCUUUUUCGUUUUUGUUUUCUUUAGUUUUGGUUUUUGUUGGUUUUUUCCCAAUUGUUUUGUUUUGGUUUUUUGAAGCAGGUGUUUAAGGUUUAACCUUCUUCAGGGACAAAUUCUGACUGUUGGGGAACUCACUCUGCAAUAUAAAAAUGUCUUCGUGUUCCGGGAGGGCCUGCCUUGUCUUCGCUUCAGCCCCGACCCCUCUGGUUCUCUGUGGAGAAGUGUGUCCUUUCUCUCUGUCUGGACAUGUUUAUCACGACGCAAUAAUUCGAGGGCAAACUUGGCAGUGAGUGUGUAUGAUGGGAUCAAGAGAAUUAGGGGACGCUGACUUGAGAAAACCAUCACCACCAUUGGGUCCCAGGAAAAAAGGCAGUGAAUAAUUAUGCAAAUUCGCCAGGAGAAGGGAAACAUGCUAAUGGGCCUUAUUGGUGAGGGUGUGAGGUAGGGGGCACGCGGAGGAGGUGACGCGGGCGUGGGAAGCACCGGCCCCACGGCCUUCUGUGACACCAGCUGGGUGGGGAGGGGCCGGCCAUCUCUGCCGCCUCCGCGCACGGACCCUCCUGCAGCUCAGCCCACCUAGAGUGUGAGAGCGGAAGUCAGACCACAGGACAGUGUCCUGCAGCCCAGAAACGCCUGUGAUCUUUGCCCGACAAAAAUUAUGGGGGGAGACCCAAAGAGAAAUCUCUAGAAGGAUGUGAUUUUUUCCACCCAAACGGAAAGGAAUUGUCUUGUUAAAACACAAACAAAAACACCCACUACUGUGGCUCAGGAUACGAAGGUGAGGGAGAGGGAUGGAAGUGGGGCGGUGAUUUUUUUUAGAACCGGGACAUGCAGGCCCAGGAGCUGGCACCAGGCGCUGCCGGCGGCCCCACCCGUGUGGCUGUGACGUGCCCUGGGGUGUGCCCUGUGCUCCUCUCCCUCUGGGCUGCGGAUGGGAGACCCUGACGGAAAUCAGCACCUGCACAGCUGGUCGCGUUUGUUACCUGAACUCUUCCAACGUGUUUGUUCAGGGGGUGGGUGGGGACACCAAGGGCCCUGUUCCCUCCAAUCUCACCAGACGUUUGCUGCCCCAAAAGCCAUCCACAGCUCUGGAACCCGAGGGACAGCGAUCAGUGUUGUCACCUGAUCAAGCCCAGGAGACCCCACCCCCACCCCUGAGAUGAACUUGGGACUUCCCUCUGAAAGGCAGAGUAAGCAUCAAGGCCUAUUUCUGGCGGGGGGGCUUCUUCCGUUAAAACCCCACGGUGGGCUGUCUCCCCUCAUUUCGUUUUUCUAAAGGAGCAAAGACCUCUUUUAGAAAAGAAUAAAAUGCAAUGUGUGUGAUUUACUUUUCUGAUCUCUUUGAGAAAUAGAUAAAUAUCUUAUAAAGUGUGUUCUUAACUCCAGAACCACUCUUUUUGCAUAAAUACCUCAUUGGGCAGCUUUCUAAGUGUUAUUUCCCCUGAGCCUCCCUCGGCCCCUUCGUAGGGGCCCAGGGGAGACUUACAGGGGAAACUUUAGUGAGGGUACUUUUUUCUAUUUUUCUUCUGUUUUUGGAGGCAUACACAUUAUGCAUAACCAAAACAAUGGCUCAAUUGUGUUUAACUUUGUAUUUUGAUUGUUGAGAAAAAAAAAUAUCCAUGUGUAUGUGGCCGUUCGUGGUGAACUCAUUGCAGAACGGGGUUGCCCGUGCCCUCACCAAGCCAAGGGGCAGGCGGCACCCUCUCCUACCCCCUCCUCCAAGAGCAGUAGAGAAUUUAAGCACAAGCCUAUUUGUGAAAGAAUAUUUUGUUCAAGUGUAAUCCACUCUCGUCUUGGAAUUCCUUCCCAAGCGUCAGGUGUUCUUCUAGCUUCCAAACUAGCCUAUGUGUCCAUUAGUCUGACAGGUCGCCCGAGCACACCGUUCAGGGGCGUGGGGGGUUUGCUUUCACUUCUCCUGCAGGGGGAGGUGGCGUUUCGUGUGUCAUUCCAGUAUCUCACAUACUCACGUGGGGUGGGGGGAGGGGGAACCGGGGAACUAUAGCAAUAUUUAAAGAUGCUUUGGAAAACAGCCGUGAACACAUCAGCACCGUGGCAUCUACCAUUACUCGCUGUUGGCCCUUGGACACGUUUAAGAGAAAGAGACUGUAGCUCUUUUUUCUUAAAUGACAUACACGUAGACAGUUACUUUUAUGCUACUACAGUUGUCUUUAAUCUCUAGUGUUAUGUGGAAAGGGUUUGUUUGCAUCGUAGAGUUUUUCCCAGCCUUAUAAUGUACCCUAAGCUCCUACUUUUCCCUCCCCCUCUUCAAUCAGUCCGUAUCCUUUCAAGAGUUCUCUAGUAAAGCUGUCUGUCUGGACCGGAAACGAGCCACACCCACUAUGGGCGGGUGGCUGGAGACAGCUGUGGCAGGUUUCAGUCUUGCGCGGGGCUGAGUUCUGAAGAAGGCACGUGUCCGAGGCCUUUCCCGAGAACUGACCACUUGUAGGCGCACUCAGCGUGGGCGCGGCAGUGGCCACCAUGGGACAUUCUAGAAGAGGCCACUCUCUUGCACGGUGUUCCCGGAGCAUCAGGCUGUGGGCUCUGUAGCGUGAACACCGCCCGGGUGGCUUUUGUGCCCAGCUCCACCCUGGGACACACCAGGGCUGCUCGGGGCCAAGUUCUGCAUCCCACACCACGAGCAUGGGCGCCUAGCUUGUCACGGAAGGGCCCUUGGAGAAGGAAUCAGAGCUGCGUACACGGGAGGGGUUUCCACAGGGGGCUGGUUUCGAUCCGACGUGACUUCUCUUUCCCUUGAGACCUGAUUCAGGUUGGGAGUCCUUUCUGUCUGGUGGAUCACAGCUGCCCAGGUGUUGUGAUUUAUUUUUACGUUUCCGUAGAAAAGUGGGGUUUUUUUUUCCCUUUCACCUUCAGGAUUUUUGCCACCAAAAGAACACAUUUGAACUCUGUGUCCCCUCUUGAUUGUGACUUGCCAGUGUGGACAGUUAAAUCCCCGUUGUCAUCGGCCCUGGCCUCCAGUACUAUAUCAAACACUUAUGCACACCAUGCAGCACUGUGAUCUAAUUUAAAUAGUACUUUUUUAUUAUUUAUACUACUAUAUAUAAUAUACAUCAACACUUUUGCUAUAUAACCUACGUGGAUAACCCUCUCUUAGUUACCUGCCAAACUUGGGACUUUGGUUUAUAUUGCAGUUAACGCAGUUACAAAGUCGUAAUGGUGUCUUUUUCUUCCCCCCUUUGUAAUGGAAUGUGUAAAUCAAAGUAUAUACAUUGUGUGGUGUUCCUGUUUCUGGAGUUUCACGAGGAUUUACACACGGCAUUCAGUGUUCUGUAUAGACCCCCCUGCCUCCGUGGCUCCAUCUGUUAACCCCUCUUCCUUUAAGAGAGCGCCCGCGCUGGUGGGGACCCCCGUGUUCUCUCUCCCCCACUGGUCGUUCUUGAAUCAAGCACAGACUCCUCGGCUCUGUUGCUUCAUCAUGAAAAAUUUGCGUGACCUUGACAUUCUUCCACAGUUCCACAAACAACUGCUAGCUUCACUGACCAAAAACUAAGGAAGGAAAAUGCGAUUUUUAACACAACCCAUCUUCUCACAGCCGAAACCGACGUGUCUAUGGUGCUGUGCCCUGCUGUCUGUCUGUCGGACUUCUGAAAUCAGACCUAGGUGAAAGGUCACUUCUGACCUAACUGCGAUGUGCUCACGAGUCCCCUUCCCGUUCGUUCUUGUCAGCGUCGAGAUCAAGACUAUUUAUUUGGGAUAUAUAUACCACAGUGUUUUCCACUGUGUUCAUUUGCAAACGUGGAGGACGCCCUUCCCUGCUUUUGCAAAUAAUUAAUAUUCCAUAUUGGAUUCUCAAAGACUUCGAUAUGGUGAACCUAUCAAACCUAGAAAUUGUAUUUCAUCCUUUCAUUACUGUGGCCUGAGUUCCCCAAACCCUCCCUCCCCACCACCCCACCCGCCAUUUUCAGAUGAAACUUAGCACCGUUCAGUUCGUCAACAUUCAGCCUUCCCUGAGCAUGUGUGUUGAGGCCAUCCAAGCUCAUGGCUGAUUCAGUAACUAGUUUCCUGUCCUGUUACUCACACUCACUAUGUAUACACUGCCGUGGUGAAAAAUGGGGAGGCUGAAGGAGCCGGGUGUGUCUGGGAAGCAUCCUACACUUGUGCGUUCUUGAACCCUCUGAUUCUGUAACACUUCUCAGUUGUUUUUGUUUGACGGGACAAUAAGAGUUGAUAACGCAAUCAGAAGACCAAGACGUUUACUGUCGAUGUUUAGGGUUGCCUGGCCUUUGCCAGCCAAUAGACCUACAUGGCCAAAUUAAUUUACUGGAGUAAUAAUUUUUUCAAAAGCCAAUUUUCUUUCCUGUACUUUCUGUAUGAAACUGCCAAUAUCACAAAUGGAAAGGGAGAGCCGGAAAGGAAAAGAAAAGUGAUGUUCGGUGGCGUCCACGGUGUGGAGCAGUGUGGAGGCAGGCACGAUCGGCCGAACGUAGGGACCUGACGGUGUUGCUUUGGAGGUGUCCAUACUUGCAUUUUGCAUUCUUCACAUGUAAUCAUAUUGCCAAAGACAAACUUUCAUCAUUUAUUGUAAAUAACACUUUCCCCCAAACCUACCAUAAAGUUUCUGUGAUGUAUUGUCUUCCAGUUGCAAUAAAAAUUACUGAGUUGCAUCA